AGUGCAGUGGGCCGGGGGGCCACUGUCCACCCCACGGCUGGCUACCUCCCCGACUUCCUCACCCCUCCGCAGCCCCCCUCCGGCUUCUCCUUCUCCUGCCCCCGGCAGCUCAAAGUGCCCCCUUACUUGGGCUACCGGUUCCUGGGGGAGCGGGACUGCGGGGCCCCCUGCGAGCCAACCCGGCCCAACGGGCUCAUGUACUUCAAGGAGGCAGAGGUGCGAUUUGCCCGGCUGUGGGUGGGCGUGUGGUCUGUGCUCUGCUGCGCCUCCACACUCUUCACCGUGCUCACCUACCUGGUGGACAUGCGCCGUUUCAGCUACCCAGAACGGCCCAUCAUCUUUCUCUCGGGCUGCUACUUCAUGGUGGCAGUAGCCUAUGCAGCAGGUUUCUUGCUGGAGGAGCGGGUGGUAUGCCUGGAGCGCUUCUCUGAGGACGGCUACCGCACCGUGGCCCAAGGCACCAAGAAAGAAGGCUGCACCAUUCUCUUCAUGAUCCUCUACUUCUUCGGUAUGGCCAGCUCCAUCUGGUGGGUCAUCCUGUCCCUCACCUGGUUCCUGGCUGCUGGCAUGAAGUGGGGCCAUGAGGCCAUCGAGGCUAAUUCCCAGUAUUUCCACCUGGCUGCCUGGGCUGUGCCUGCUGUCAAAACCAUCACCAUCUUGGCCAUGGGGCAGGUGGAUGGGGACGUACUCAGUGGGGUGUGUUAUGUAGGUAUCUACAGUGUGGACUCACUGCGGGGCUUUGUGCUGGCACCCUUGUUUGUUUACCUCUUCAUUGGUACUUCCUUCUUGCUUGCUGGCUUUGUGUCCUUGUUUCGCAUCCGCACCAUCAUGAAGCAUGAUGGCACCAAGACGGAGAAACUGGAGAAGCUGAUGGUGCGCAUUGGUGUCUUCAGUGUCCUCUAUACAGUGCCUGCCACCAUUGUCCUGGCGUGUUACUUCUACGAGCAGGCCUUCCGUGCCACCUGGGAGAAGACGUGGCUCCUUCAGACCUGCAAAACAUAUGCUGUGCCCUGUCCCAGCCACUUUGCCCCUAUGAGCCCGGACUUCACUGUCUUCAUGAUCAAGUACCUCAUGACCAUGAUUGUUGGGAUCACGACUGGCUUCUGGAUCUGGUCUGGCAAAACCCUUCAGUCCUGGCGACGCUUCUACCACAGACUCAGCACCGGCAGCAAAGGCGAGACAGCAGUAUGAGACCCCCGUCCCCUGUGGUGCACACACACACGCACAUAUGCACACAUGCAGAGGAGAGGGAUACUCGGCAGAAGAGGACGGCAAUGGCUCCCUGAAGAGGGAGGAAGGGAGGCUUUUCCAAACUUUUUCUGCCUCCCAGAGGGUUUGGAAAAAAAAAAAAAAAUGUUGCGUAAAGGAUCAGAUGGACUGUGCCCAGUGGUGCUUAUGCCCAGCUAAGUGGAAGAGCAUGGAAAAAGAGGCCACUGGUGGGAUGGGAGAGUCCUUCACAUGCAAGAAGUCCCCUUACUUCUCUCUCCUCCUCCUCCUGUGCAGGAAAAAAACCGCAACCCAACUGAAAACAUACUGUCUUGUGUUGGA